AGUUUCAGUCUUUGUAUUGGAGACUGGAAACACACGCUACACACAAUAACCCCUCUCUCUCUCUCUCUCUCUCUCUCUCUCUCUCUCUCUUCUUUUUCUAUUUUAUUUUAUUUUCCAAAUUUUAAAAUUUGAGCAUGAUUUCAUCACUAUCCAGUAUUUAUAACUCCACAUCCACAUGGCCAAAACUUUAAGAAAACACAACCCAUUUGCUUCUUUUUUUUAAUCAGCUUGUGCCCAGAAGCUCAAUUUAACCUCUCUAGACCUGUAGAGAGAGAAACAGAGAGGAGAGAGAGAGAGAGAAGAAGAAGAAUAGAAGCAAGUUUUUCCCAUAUUUUUUUAGGGUUCAAAAUCCUUGGAAAUGGUGAGGGGGUGAGUAGGUUUUCUUCUUAGAAUAUGGUCACCAUGUAUUGGAUACUGGAUUUGGUGGGAGCUGAGCUUCCAUGGACAAAAAAUAGCACCAAUAUUUUACACUGCAAAUAUCAUGACUACAGAAGAAGACAAUACCAACAACAACAACAACAAGAGGAUUCAACAAAAGCAAAAAAACAAGAAAACUUCUCAAGCAAUAUGGCUUGUAGCUACUCCAAGAUUUCCCCAAUCAUUCCCAUUGUUAUUUGCUUCCUUCUUGUUGCUUCUUCAAUGUGUCCGGUAGCACAAUCUUCCGAUAUCCGCCGUGAAACCGCCGCCAAUCAGACAUUGAAGCCGGAGCAAGAAUUGAAAAGGUUGAAGAUUAUAAGAGCUCGUCUUAACAAGAUCAACAAGCCUGCUCUCAAGACAUUUCAGAGUCCGGAUGGCGAUCUUAUAGAUUGUGUUCUCUCUCAUCACCAACCAGCUUUCGAUCAUCCCCAGUUAAAAGGACAGAAGCCAUUGGAUCCGCCGGAGAGACCGAAAGGCCAAAACCCUCCAGGAAUGGCCGCUGAAAAUUACCAGCUGUGGAGCAUGUCAGGAAAUCUCUGCCCAGAAGGAACACUUCCAAUUAGAAGAACAAGAGAGGAAGAUAUGAUGAGAGCCAGCUCUGUUAGAAGAUUUGGAAGAAAACUAAGAAGGCAUGUCAGAAGAGAUACAUCCAGUAAUGGCCAUGAGCAUGCAGUUGGGUAUGUGAGUGGAGACCAAUACUAUGGAGCCAAAGCUAGUAUCAAUGUGUGGGCCCCCAAAGUUGUUAAUCAAUAUGAAUUCAGCUUGUCUCAGAUGUGGGUCAUCUCUGGUUCAUUUGGUGAUGACCUCAACACCAUUGAAGCUGGUUGGCAGGUCAGUCCAGAGCUGUAUGGGGACAACUACCCUAGAUUCUUUACUUAUUGGACUACGGAUGCAUAUCAAGCAACUGGAUGCUACAAUUUACUGUGUUCUGGAUUUGUUCAGACCAAUAGUAGAAUUGCCAUUGGAGCUGCAAUUUCUCCAACUUCUUCCUACCAUGGAGGACAAUUUGAUAUUAGCUUGUUAAUUUGGAAGGAUCCAAAGCAUGGAAAUUGGUGGCUGGAAUUCGGGAACGGAGUCCUAGUCGGAUACUGGCCAUCAUUCUUGUUCACUCACCUUCAAAACCACGCAAGCAUGGUACAAUUUGGUGGAGAAGUUGUGAACUCGAGGCCUUCAGGCUCCCACACAGCCACACAGAUGGGCAGUGGGCACUUUGCAGGUGAAGGGUUUGGAAAAGCUUCAUAUUUUCGAAACAUGCAGGUUGUGGAUUGGGAUAAUAGCUUAAUCCCAUUAUCCAACCUCAAAGUUUUGGCUGAUCAUCCAAAUUGCUAUGACAUUCAAGGGGGGAUUAACAACGUUUGGGGGAAUUAUUUUUACUAUGGAGGUCCUGGAAGAAAUGUGAGGUGUCCCUAAGGGAAAGGUAUACAGCUAGGGUUUUAUAUUUACAUAAUAUUCAAUUUUUCAAUUUUCUUUUUUCUUGGGUGAUUUUGGGUUAAUCCAUCGGCAGUUCAGUUUGGGUAUUCUUGUAUUUGUCUUCCUUUGUUAAUCCCUCUUUCUUUUUCUCCCAGCUGACUGGUGAUUUAUUCAUUAUACCACCCUUAGGGACUUCUAUGUAAAUUUUGGGCAACAAAAAAAAAAAAUAGUGAAUAUACUAUGGCUUGUCAUUUUUCAUUC